GGGUGCAGCGUUGCCACCAACAGGACGGGAUUAAAAAAAACACACACAGCGAGCAACAUCACCUGCGGAGAGAAAACACCGCUUGUUACACUGGAUUCCCCCCGUGGCUUUGGAAACAGACACCCUCCACGUUGCUGUGCUUUGGUUAUUUAGGAGAAGCGUUGGAUAUAUGGGAGGAAAUCCUUAAGUGUGUCUCGGUGUAUUGUCACAGGGAAAGGGGCGCCCAAAUCUGUCCCUCUUGAGAACGGGACCUUUUUGGAGCUCAAAGCAACAACAAUGGACUGCUUCUCCACUGGGAACUCUCUCCUGGCGCCGAGCACACACACAUGGGACUGUAGCGUGUCAAACAAAGGCGACAUCUGUCUGUUUAGUUGUUAAACAGUGUUUAGUGUGUCGGCGGUCGGAGCCCGUGAUGCCCGCGAGGAACAGGUACAACCUGGUGGACGAUGUGGCGGACUCGAGGGUGCCGCUGCACAAUGAGGAGGCGUACCAGCAUGGGAUUUCUUUCCAAGCCAAGUAUGUGGGGAGUCUGGACGUGCCCAGGCCUAACAGUCGGAUGGAGAUCGUGGCAGCCAUGAGGAGAAUCAGGUAUGAAUUCAAGGCCAAGAGCAUCAAGAAGAAGAAAGUCAGCAUUGUGGUGUCUGUGGACGGAGUGAAGGUGAUUCUGAGGAAGAAACAGAAGAGGAAAGAAUGGACAUGGGAUGAGAGCAAGAUGCUGAUCAUGCACGAUCCCAUUUACAGGAUUUUCUACGUUUCUCAUGACUCCCAGGACUUAAAGAUCUUCAGCUACAUCGCAAGAGACGGUUCCAAUAAUUCCUUCAGAUGUAAUGUCUUCAAGUCAAAGAAGAAGACGCAGGCCAUGCGUAUUGUGCGCACAGUGGGUCAGGCCUUUGAAGUGUGCCAUAAGCUCAGUCUGCAGCAUGCUGAGCAGGAUGCAGACGGACAGGCGGAUGGAGAGAGUGACAAGUCUGCAGAGGAAUCCAGCAGCCACGGUCGUAAGCUGACGGGUGCAGAGCGAGGGGAGGAAGAGGAGGACAGCAAAGUUGCAGGAAGACGAGGAGGAGAAGAUCCUUCAGCUGGCACUUCACUGUGUGAAAAGGCAGUCAGUGAAAUUCUGCAGAGUCUGGCUGAGCUGAAUGUGGUCAAACCGGGACAGACCAUAAUGGACUUUGAUCGAAGGUCCCUCUUCACUGUGACGUCCCAAGGCAUUACUCCCAGCAGCCCUUGCUCUCGCUCUCUCACUCCGCUGGCAUCACAGCACUACCUGCAGCUUCUUCAGCAGCAGCUGCAGCAGCAACAGCAGCACACACAGGUGGCCGUAGCACAGGUGCAGCUGUUGAAGGAUCAGAUGGCAGCAGAGACCGCUGCUCGGAUGGAGGCUCAGGCCCGCGUCCACCAGCUGCUGCUGCAGAACAGGGACUUGCUGCAGCACCUGGCCCUGCUCGUGCAGCAGCUGAAAGAGCUGGAGGCCCGCUCCCCGAAAACACAGCCAGGACAGUCACAACAGGAGCCUCAGGCUAAUGGACACAAUGGUCAGCUGUCACCAGCCAGCUCUGUGUCCACAUCAGCAAAGGCUCUGUCUCUGAAUCUGAAGAACCACUACAGCCAGACCCUGGACCAGCUCAUCACCUCCACACCUGCAUGGCCACUCCAAACCUCACCACUCUCCCCCACCCAAGUGGACUGCGCUGAGUCCUACCUGAACCUGCUCAACCUGGAGAACAGCACUGAACCAGGCGCGCCAGUCAACGGAGACCUGGACCUCUUUAUCAGGACCAAUGGGACAGCUGACAGCAAGAAGAGCUCCUGCAAUGAGAUCGUCCCAUUGACGUUACGAAACUCCGCCAACAUGAAUGAAAAGUAUAAACAGAUAAUCCCCAAAAUUGACCCUCCACCCUCCAUGAACCGCAAGCGGGCCAGCAGGACUUUGUCUCCAGGAUCUGAAGUCACAGCUGUGCCCCCACACGGAGAGGUCACCGCUAAUGACGGGGCCCCCAGCCGCAGCAGCAGCCUCUCAUUCCCGGACAUCACCCCGAGCUCCUUGUCAUCCGCUGAUUUCCACUCCCUCAGCAACGGCGAGAGCAGCUCCUGCUCGGCCAGCGAGGACUCUGGUGUCCGCUCCGAGACCAAGUCCCUGCUGUCGCCGCUUCGCGAUGACGACGACCUGUUCGGGGACCGCGGGACAUUUUUAACGGCCUCCAGCGGCUGUGACAGUCCCCUGGAGGAGAGAAGUGAAGCAGUGCUCUCUUCCUCUGAGUCUGCUGAACCCCACACCCUCGCCUCACAUCCGGACACCUGUGAGCACCCACUGCCCUUCUCCUCUCCUAUGAAUGAGACCUGCCUUCACAUCAGUUUCUCUGAGGACGAGCUGCUGGAGAGCAACCAGGAAGACCCUAAUGUCCCACAGCGGAGUUAGGAGGAUGAGCUCAUGGGCCCUUGGAGACCUUUCACUCUGUCCUCCAAUCAGCUUUUAAUGCAAUACUUACUGUCAGACCCUCCUAUGUUUGCACUGGGUUCCAUUUCAGGACCUUUAAUUAUUUCGUCCAGACAUAGCAUAUACCAGUUACUGAUAAAUAAUCUAUUGUAUAAAUUAUUAGCCGAUGGACAGAUUUAGUAUUUUUGUAAUGAAAUUAAUGAUCUAAUUUACUUUUUAGUGACUAGAAUGUUAAGCAGAAUACAUGUAGCAAUUCUUGCACUGUUAAAGUCACACAUAAGUUACCGUAGAAUUCAAAGAAAAUGAGGAUAGACUUUUUAUUUUUGCUAGUAGUCAACCUUAAAACAUUAUUUUGUAUGAUGCUUUGCUGUGGUGCAAACUAUUGUGGGAAAUAUCAUUUUCCGCAGAUUUCACAGGAUGAUCGUGGCAGUCAUGCACAUGCUGGUGAUGUUGGGAAGAGCCUCGCCCUCUGUAAAGCACCUGACUGAAUGAUGGGAAGGAAGGAAAGAACAAGAAAGUCAGAUAAAGGAAAAAGGAAGGAUAGAAGUGAGCAGAUGUAGUUGUGUUUUGGGUUAUGCACACACAUUUGUGGCAGUGUGGUAUGUUUUUUAUUAUUAGAGAUGAGUGGGUUUUAGAAUGUUUCGUGCUGCUUGUAUUUUGUUUUUUUCAGACUUGCAGGCUUUGAAGCAGUGGGGGAAAAUUUUGUGGAAUAUCCGAAUGGAUUUUGUACGCUGUAUUCGCUAGAGUGGUUGUAAUCCUUCAAAAACACUGAAUUUAAGAUAUUUCAGUUUUGAGAAACAGCACAAGGAGAGAGCAUGCACUCCGAAAAUUGAGCUACCGGCUAUUACAGCCUUUGAUUGCGCCUGUCUGAAUAGGGAGAGUGUUAUAAAAUGAACCCUCAGACUCAAUGGGGAGAUAAUUGGGGAAUCACAGAGGACGUUGAAGAAAGACAGCCUGCCAAGUGGAUUUUCUCUGUUCUGCCUCUCACUCUGAGAAAUCCUGAUUUACCAGCAAAUCAGUUUCAUUUAGAGCUGUCAGGAUAGAUUAAGCUGACAUUGUAAAUAUAUCUGUUUUAACUUCAUCAGCGUAUAUCAGUAUACUGUACAGCUACAACAAUCAAUCAAACAAUCAAUCAGUUAGUCCAUCAAUUGUUAAAAACAAUUUUAACAAUCAUUUAAUAAUUUGAAAUAGAUUUAAGGCAGAAAUGACAAAAAAAAGGUUUCAGCUUCUUAAAUGUAAAUAUUUGGUAAAUAUUUACUGGAUUUUCGGAUAUUCACUGAAUAUCUUUGGCUUUUGUCCUGAGAUUUCUGACAUUUUAUAGAUUAAGCGAUGAGUAAUCCCAGAAAAUAAUGGUAGAUAAUAAGAGCAAGCAUUUGUUGCAUGUAGCUGUUUCUUUGUUGCAUGUGGCCAGAUUUUACUGCUUUAUUGUUAGGGGUGUCCCCGACUAAGUAUUUACGUAGUCGAAUCUGAUUUGUAAAAUGUUGCUUAUCCUCAACUGAUAGUCGAAUCAUGUUGUUUUAUUAUGCACCUGUUUUCAGGAUGUCCAUCCAUACGUCCAUCCCAUUCUUGGGAACGUAAUAUCUAAAGCAUGCCUUGAUGGAAUUUCUUCAAAAUUGGCCAAACGUUAAACUGAUUAGCUAUUGUUGGUCAAAAGACAAGGUCACUGUGACCUUGCGUGGGUCUCAUUCUUUGGAGCAUAAUAUUUUAAAAAGGCUUUGAGGGAAUUUCCUCAAAUUUGGCAUAAUCGCCCAUUUGGACAUAAGAAUGAACUUAUUAGAUUUUGGUAGUCAAAGGUCAAGGUCACUGUGACCUUGCGUUCAUCUCAUUCUCAUUAAGCUGAUAUC